AUGUCUAAUAACGCUUCUAUUUUGCCUGAUAACAUAAUGGAACUCGAAAAUGAUCAUUUUUUUAAAUUUGUUCAAAUUUUCUCUGGAGAAAAAUUAGCCACUCUCCUAGAAUUUCAAGAUAUCACCAAUGCACAGUGUCUUCUUGCUUGUGACGAUCCAUUCGAAAUUAUUUCUUUCGAUUCGGACGAUUUAUUGGAUUUGAAAAAGAAGAUUUGCAUUAAACUGAAUAACAAUUCAUUUGCUGUUUUACCCGGCAUUGCAAGCAAGAUGAAAAUUUUAAAAGCUGCAUUGCUCAAGAAACAUAAUGAAAUUAAAAAAGAAGCACAAAAAAAAUCUUUAAAUGUUGUUUCAAUACCUGAUGCACCAUCGACUAUUCUAUCAGCUCAAAUUUCUACCAGUUCAACAGAUUUAUCAGUUCCGAAUUCAUCAAGUGCUUCUUCUUCAUUGACUACUGGUUUGAAGACUAUACACGAAUAUAAAGAACAUAUAAUUUAUUUACUGGACAACUGGUGCUUAAAAAUACGUUUAGAGUACCAUCAACCAAAGUUUCUACUUAAAGAAAGUUUAGAUUAUGAAAUUAUCAUUAAUCUCAUUCUAAAAAAAGCAGUGAUACAGUGUCAAUGCGGUUCGAACACAACACUUGGACAAAAGGACACUAAUUUCAUUCAAUGUGGUAGUGUUGCUCUUGAGAUUAUGCAGUCACAGGAUAUCUCAUCGGUCGAGUGUCUUCUUGAAAAUAGUAAUAUCUUUGCUUUUCUCGAAUUUGAUUCAGAUGAACUUAUUCCAUUAAAAAGAAAAGCAGGAAUCUUACUUAAUGAUGGUCGUUUUAUUUUAAAGAAAGGAUUGGUGUACAAGGUUGAAACUUUUCUUAACACUCUUCAUACUCUUAAUCAACAAUAUUCGACAUUUUCUACUCACCGAAAUUCAAAUAACUCUUCUGAUUUGAUUGUACCGGAAUAUCUUCUUCAAAAAUUUCCGUUUAUUCAAACACUUAUUACCUAUUCAAAGCUUAUUGUGAAGAGCAAAUAUGAUUUUACAUUCUUAAAUAUUAUAUUAAAUAAUAUGAUUAGAAAUUCAAUUACUGAAGAAAGAGGUUUUCGUUAUGAAACCAUCGUACGUCAAUUUGCAACUAGUUUAUACAUACUUGGGGGUCGUACCGCCUAUGAAUUCGUUCGAUUAAACAUUCCUGCAUUCCUUCCAAGUGUGCAAAUUAUCCAAUCAUUUAUUGUUGCUUCAGACAAUCAUCUGAGUGAAGGACUCUUUAAUUAUGACGGCGUUCGUAAUUAUUUUAAUUCAAAUCAAUCAACAUUAGGUUUUAUUGCCGAAGACGCUACUGCGGUCGUUCCUAAAGUAACAUAUGAUACAACGUCAAAUAGUUUUGUUGGUUUUUCUCUUCCUCUCGACAAAAAUGGAUUGCCCAUCGCCAAAUCCUAUGCCACUGAUUCGUUUACUCGUUUUGAACAAUGGUAUUCUAAUAUACCGAGAGCAAAAUUGCUUAACGCUUGCCUCGUUCAACCGCUUUCUUCCUCACUUAAUAAUAUCUCGCCAUAUCUUCUUACUGCUUAUGGAACAGAUAAUAAAUUUAAAUCAUCGGACGUUAUUUCUCGUUGGUAUCAUGUUCAUCAAGAAUGCAAAGCUAAAGGUAUUCGUAUUCUCGGCUUUUCAACCGAUUGUGAUAGUCGUUACCUUAAUGCAAUGCGAAUAUCCCUUGGAUUUUUUGCUAAUUUUGCUUAUGAUGACCAUCCCGAUUUAUUUGCAGUUGAUCUUCCAAGUACCUGGUCGUGGUUCUUCAUGCAACACGAACAACUUUAUAUUUGUUUCCAGGAUGCAGUACACAUCUGUACAAAGCUGCGCAAUAGACUUCUUUCUGAAACAGCACAUCUACUCUUAGGAGAUCAACUAAUCAACAUUGAACCACUCUUAUAUAUAAUCAGUAAUUAUUCAAAACUAGAUCAUUUAUUGGUAGUUUCGGACGUAAAUCCCAAGGAUCGACAAAAUUAUAGUUCGGCAGAAAAGAUUUCUAGCGAUAAAGUAUCGAUUUUACUUGAAAAAAUUCCAAAUUCAUUGGGUAUAAAUAUUUAUUUGCAAGCAAUAAGAGGUGUUCGGCUUGCUUAUGUAGAAAAAAACACAAAUAUUUUGGAUCGUAUAUAUCAUGCGUGGACUUCGGUAUUUAUUUUUCGUUUAUGGUGCUUAUGGAUUAAUGCAAUGGAUAAACAAGAACUCGAUUUAAUUUUCUCACAAGUAUCUCGUUUUGAUAUGAUAUUUAUUAAGGAGCAAUGUCAAACAAGACGUCAGUAUUUUAUCACAUAUCAAACACAUUUUUCUGUUGAAAUCAAUGCGCAUUGCCUUGUUUAUCUUGCUCUACUUGUCUCUGAAGGACAACUUCCACAUGAAGCUCUAAAUAUAUGGUUACAAAAUUCUCAAACCUGCGAAGGUACAUUCCGAUCAGCUAGAGCAAUAUCCAGUGCUUUCUCAGGAGGUGUCAAUUUUACCGUUGCACAAUUUCUUAGUCGAAUUAAUAAAUUAUCAGUAUUACAAAACAUCAAAAGUAAUACAAGUCAAAAUGAUCUUCGUUUUCCUCAACAUCAUAAAUUAUCUAGAACAUCCAAAAAUAGUUCAAAUUCGUUAAAUACAACUAUUCUUUCAAAAAAGGCUAUUGAAGACCGGGUUCUUGACGCAUAUAAAUAUGUGACUAAACUUUUUGAUCCAUUGAAAAUCAAACAACUUUUACGAAAUGGACGAAUAAUAUCGAUUGAAGAAACGAGUAACAUUAUUUCACGGGAAUUAGAAGUAUUUUGGUCUACAGAACUUAAUGUCGUCAACAGCUUAAAUGUAAACUCAGAUAUUGAGUCAGACGAUGAAACAAAUUGUGAUGCACAUGAUAAUGUUACAAAUGAUUAUGAUAGUGAUGAAGAAUUCGAAUUAAACGAUAAUCUCGAUGUGACAAAUAAUGUUAGUACAUCGACAAAUCGUGGGCUGCGAUUAUUUAGCGAUAUAAAACAAGAACUCUCUCAUACUUUUUUCAAAGUUAGUAUUAAUAAUGAGAAUAAGUUUCUGCACAAACAGGCUGCUUGUUGGGUUUUGGAAAAAGAGAAAUGCUCAUUGUCCGCCGAUCGAUCGUCACGAGUUCAAGGUCGGUAA